AUGAGCUUGAAGACAGCUCUAAGUCGAAUUAGAUCCAUACCUGAACUUCAAAAACGGUAUAACAUCUUCAUAAAUAUUGAUCCUUCGGCGGAGAAACGAUUAGUGGAUAACGCUGACAAGGAACUACCACUUUCACACUUGGUUGCCGGUAUCAAGGACAACAUAGUGACCAAGGAUCUACCGACAACAUGUGCGUCCAAAAUAUUAGAGACCUAUCAGUCGCCAUAUGAUGCUACUUGUGUGCGAAGAUUGCGGGAAGCUGGUGUAGUGAUUGCAGGAAAGACUAAUCUUGACGAGUUUGGGAUGGGAUCGGGUGGUAUCCACUCGCAUUUUGGACCCGUGCUGAAUCCCCUGUAUCCUAGUACCAAGAUAACAGCAGGUGGUUCAUCUUCAGGUUCUGCUGCUGCUGUUGCAGCUGGAGCAGUUGAUUUUGCACUUGGAACUGACACUGGCGGAUCAGUGCGAUUGCCAGCUGCCUUCAAUGCUGUUUUAGGAUUUAAACCAUCUUACGGUCGAAUCUCCAGAUAUGGUGUUGUUGCGUAUGCCCAAUCGCUUGAUACUGUAGGAAUAUUGUCAAAAGGUAUGCCUGUCUUGCGCAAAGUUUACAAUGUUCUCAACGAGUAUGACUCGAAGGAUCCGACUUCAUUGAGUAACGACUUAAGGAAGAAGGCUAAUAAACUUUUUAAAGAAAAGGGAAAGCUCCGUAUAGGUAUUCCUCAAGAAUUUCUUCAAGCUUCAAUCUCCGCAGACUACAAGAACCUAUUUUUUCGAUUUAUUAAAGAGCUAAUGGAUAUGGGGCAUGAAUUUUACCCAGUUACUAUUCCUUCCGUCAAAGAUUCCCUACCUAUAUACUACACCCUCUCACCGGCUGAAGCUGUAUCUAACCUCUCCCGAUAUGAUGGUAUAAGGUAUGGAACAAGAGCUGACACGACAGAUAUUGAAAACGGAACACUUUUUGCGCCAACAAGAGCUAACUUUGGUAGAGAAGUUCAGGAUAGAAUCAUUUUGGGAAACUAUAACCUGUGCUCUGAGACUUUCAAAAACAAUUAUGUGAAGGCGCAAAAGUUAAGAGUAGGCCUGAUGAACGACUUUGAUGAGAUUUUUAGAGGUCCUAACAUCAUUUCAAAUUCAAAAGGAAAUGUUUCUGGCGUCGAUUUGAUCAUCAGUCUUACAGCCACAGGCCCUCCUUCUACAAUUGAAUCAUUCACCAGCGCCGAAAAUUCAUCGCCAACCAAUGAGUAUUUGAAUGAUGUCUUCACUAUGCCAAUGUCUUUAGCAGGUCUACCUACUCUUUCCAUCCCGCUUGGUAAUGAUGUUCCUCUUGGCGUUCAAGUCACGGCGCAAUUCGCAGAUGAUGAAACUGUGCUGAAUUUCGCUGAUAGAAUUGUAAAUUAG